CUUCGGAUACCGGACCAGCAUCUCGGUUGUUAACAUCCUUAAAUGUUAGUUUCAGUAGUUCAUUGAAAUCACACAAAGAGGGCGCGCGUCUUUCUAAUUACUUAUUCCGACAACGUGUAUUUUAAUUUAUUUGUUGAAAUUUUUUGAAGAUUGUCUUAUAAAGGAUGCUAUUUGCCUGUCAUAAUUUUUGGCUAAUUGUACGGUCGCAGUUCAAUUUAUUCUCGUUCAAUUUCCUUCGGUUUGAAUGAAUGCAUUUUAAGAGUCAAUAGCCCUAAAAUUUAAAACAAUUAUUUCACAGUAAAUUCAGUAACGGGUUUGGAUAUGCAUGAUUGAUGCAUUUCCGUUAAAGUGAAAUUCGUGUGUUUUCUGUGCAUUGGUAUAUAUUGGCAAGGAAGUCCAUGAGUGUCCUUAAUAGACAUUUAUAAAAAAAAUACAGAAAGUCGAACCUCGAAACCAUUAAGCGAAUAGACUUUUUAAAAUCCGUGGAUAUUAAUUGUUAAAAGUGAAUUAGAAUUGGACUGUUUCUGGCUGACAAAUCGGUGUUUCAACAUGUGCAUUGCGGAAGAUGUAAACAAUAAAUACGUUAUCAAUCAAGCAGCAAACAUUUAGAAAUUUCAAGGAGUAUUCGCCAGUGAAAUAAGCAAACAUGAAAAUCCUAAAUAGUAGUUUCAUUCGAUUUAUCACAUUUUACAAUGUGGCACUAAAUAUAGUCUGGAACCCAGGGGGUGGAGCAUCGAAUUCAUUUGAUACACAAGGACCCUCGUUUUCCAUUGAACCACCGAACCGAUUAGAGUUCACGAAUUCGAUAGGUAGUCGCGCAGAUUGCACAGUACGUGGUAAUCCUCAACCUAGCAUCGAAUGGUUUGACCAACACAAUAAUCCUGCGUCUACCAUACCAAAAGUUCGACACAUUUUGGGGAAUGGUUCUUUGUAUUUCCCACCUUUCGAAGCUGAACUAUUUCGACAGGAUGUUCAUUUGUCCUCAUAUCGAUGCGUAGCCACCAAUACUGUUGGGACAAUUGUCUCUAGAGACGUUAACGUUAAAGCAGUGGUGAAUCAGCGAUACGAGCCUGAAGUGCAAAAUCCUGGGGGAUUUCUAGGAAGUAAUGUUAUUAUAAAAUGUAACAUACCACAAUUCGUCGAAGAUUAUGUAACUAUAACAUCGUGGCUUCAAGAGCCUUCAUUCAACAUAUUUCCAUCAUUAGAGGGAGAUGGAAAAUAUCAAAUGCUUCCCACCGGCGAACUGUUGAUUAUCAAUAUUACCAAACUAGAUGCACAGCGAACUUUCCGCUGUCGAACGCAUCAUCAACUUACCCAGGAAACAAGAGUUAGUAGCAACGUUGGACGAAUUCAGUUAACAGAAAUGCAGGAGCUUGUACCUCCGAUUAUGAAUACGAAAUUCAUAAAAAUUUUCGCGAGAUUGGAUGAUCCCCUAGUGAUUCCUUGCGUGGCGUACGCAAACCCAAGUCCUUCGUAUCGUUGGUUCCAAAGAGAAGAUGGUGAUUCCCCGCUAAAAACAGGACGUGCAACCAUUCGCCAUGGUUCACUGGUAAUUCCAUCCGUGAAAAGUAUAGACAGUGGCACCUACUUUUGUACAGCGACUAAUAGUGAAGGCAGCGAAACUUUGGAAGUUAAAGUAUCAGUUAUAUCUUCGCUCUCCGCACAUAUUCAACCCUCAAGGCAAACAGUAGAUUUAGGCAAAUCGGCGGAUUUAACAUGCACUACCUCCGGCUUUCCACAAAAUAAAAUCUGGUGGCUAAAGGAUGGACAACCGUUGCGAACGGGGUCGCGAGUUCGUCUUUUUGACCAGGCAUCCGUGAAAAUUACAUCAAUUACGAAGGAAGAUAAGGGCAUGUAUCAGUGCUUUGUUAAAAAUGAACACGAUUCAACACAGGGAACAGCAGAACUGCGACUUGGUGAAGUUGCUCCACAACUGGUAUACAAAUUCAUCGAGCAAACAAUGCAGCCCGGACCAUCGGUUUCCCUGAAAUGCAGCGCAACUGGAAAUCCAACACCACAAAUUACUUGGAAUUUAGACGGUUUUCCCUUGCCAAAUAAUGAUCGUCUGAUGAUUGGUCAGUAUGUGACAAUGUUUGGCGAUGUCAUAAGCCAUGUGAAUAUUUCGGCAGUUAAAUCAGAGGACGGCGGAGAAUAUGAAUGUUCAGCUAAGUCAAGAGCAGGCAGUGUCACACAUUCAGCCCGUUUAAAUAUUUAUGGCAUGCCAUAUGUGCGUCCAAUGUUACCAAUUUCAGCAGUAGCAGGCAAAUCGUUAACUAUCAAAUGCCCUGUUGCAGGCUAUCCCAUUGAAAAUAUUGUUUGGGAAAAAGACAAUGUACGCUUGCCAACAAAUAUGUGACAGCGGGUCUAUAAUGGUACCCUUUCUAUGGAAAAUGUUCAACGCGCGGCUGAUCAAGGUACCUAUUCGUGCAUUGCUCGAAAUAAGCACAAUCAUACUUCCCAGAGGGCAGUUGACGUGAAAGUCUUAGUUCCACCACGUGUAGCACCAUUCAAUUUUGAAGAUGAUAUAACAGAAGGGAUGAGAACACAACUCAUGUGCUCAAGUAGUCAAGGUGACCAACCGUUUAAUAUAACAUGGAUGCGUGAUGGUCAUUUAAUUCAAGUGGGACAGAAUCGUGAUAGCAUUGGUCGCAAGGAUGGCGGCAAUGUUGUCAUUGGUGAAGAAACAAUGGGAAGUGAUCACACCAUCACAAUUAAUGACUACCCACCAUACUCGAGCAUUCUAUCCAUCCAUAAUGUUACAUCAAAACAUAAUGGGAACUAUACAUGUUUAAUAACUAAUCGAGCGGGGACUGUUGAUUAUACUGCCUUCCUGUCAGUAGCUGUCCCACCCCGUUGGGUUAUUGAGCCACAAGAUCAAAGUGCGGUCUUGGGCAAUUCGAUUGUGAUUAUGUGCAAGGCUGAUGGUUUCCCGCACCCAAAAGUUCAAUGGAAACAAGCGAUAGGCGAACAAACUAACGAGUAUCGGGAACUGAAUUAUGCAUCUGAUAACUCUGGGAUUGAAACUUAUGAAAAUGGAUCCCUUGUUAUACAGCAAGUUGCUCGUGAGCAUGAAGCUUACUUUCUAUGUCAAGCAAGUAACGGCAUCGGUGCUGGAUUAAGUAAACUAAUAAAGUUAACAGUACAUGUUGGGCCUCAUGUGACCGUUUUCAGUCAAAAUGAAUCUGUGCGACGAGGAAACCGUGUUACCUUAAAAUGUAUUGUUCAUGGGGACGAACCGCUAGAUGUUUCAUGGCGUGCUAAAGGAAAUCGUAUUGAUCCAACAUAUGACAUUCGUUAUCAUCUAAGAAAUUCGCCUAUUGAUCGUGGUAUAGAGUCUGAACUUACCCUUGUACAAACAUCGCUUUCAGAUCGUGGCGAAUAUUCGUGUGUGGCUUCCAAUGCCUAUGGACACGAUCACGCUGCAAUUCAUCUUCAAAUUGAUGAACCUCCAAAUUUCCCAAGAAACUUUCAUUGCAUCGAACUAAGUAGCCGAUCAAUUACUGUAGGGUGGAGCCCAAACGAUCAAAGCAUGAUAGGAUUACAAUCCCAUCAUAGUAGAUUACAAAAAAUCUCAGGAUACAUUCUACAAUAUAAAGAGGCACAAGACGGUUGGCAUGAGCACAAUAAGCUAAUUUUACCUGGAAAUAGCACAACCGCACAAGUCAACAACCUAAAACCUGCUGUGAGCUACCACUUCCGGUUAUUUGCAGAAAAUAACUUAGGAAGAAGUGCUGCUAGUGAAAUAUUGCAUGUGCAAACUGAUGCCGAGGUUCCUGGAGGCAAACCGCAAAUGGUCAUCGUUAAACCGAUAGCACCACAAGAAUUACUAAUUACAUGGCGUCCCCCUGAACGCGAGUUGUGGCAUGGUGAACUUUUAGGUUAUACGAUCGGAUACCAAAAGCAUAAUACCCCAGAUCCUUCAUAUAAUUAUACAAGGAUCGGAAUCCCAGGUGGCGAUGGAAUGAAUGAUUUUCGGCUAACUGGAUUGGACAAGUAUACACAAUAUGCUGUGACGGUUGCUGCCUAUAAUAUUAAAGGGGAUGGUCCACCUAGUGAUACGGUAUUGGCACACACUUUAGAAGAUACACCUAGUGCGCCACCAGAACGAGUUUCCUGUAAAUCGCAGUCAUCUCAAAGUAUUAACAUAUCAUGGUUUGAACCACCGAAAAAUAAUCAUCACGGCAUAAUUCAAGGAUACAAAAUUCUCUUUGAGCCGGCCAAUAUCGAUAUCGACUACGGAAAGCGCGAAACCAAGGUUACAACCUUGUUAACCACUGUCCUAUUCAACCUGGAGCCCUUUACUAACUAUAGUAUUCAAGUUCUAGCAUUUACUCAUGCUGGGGAUGGAGUUGCUAGUCCCACAAUUAACUGUAUAACUGAAGAGACUACCCCGGGGGCGCCAGAAAGGCUUAAGGCCGUACCAACCUCUGAAACGUCAGCUAUUAUCAGCUGGUUGCCGCCACGUCGACCAAACGGGAUUAUCACUAAAUAUACCAUUUAUAUUAGAACUCUCGGCAAGGAUAUCAAUUCUGUAAAUGGCAACAGCAAAAUCCAGUACGAUACUCCAGCACACAAUAGCUACUUUGAGAUUAAAGAUUUAUCGUUGCAUGAAAUCUACGAAGCAUGGGUAAUCGCAUCAACUCGAACAGGACCAGGGCCGAAAACAGCAGCGAUUAAGUUAACAUCUAGCCGAACCAUACCAGCGGCCAUUAUAUCCUUUGGUCAAACCUUAAGCGUAAGUUGGCGUAUCGACGUCAAUCUUCCCUGCGUAUAUGUGGGAAGCCCCAAGGCCACAGCUGAUUGGAAAGUCCUUAAUCAAAAGUCCAAUAAAUUGAAGUACAGAUUAGAAGUCAACGAUGAAAACACCCUCACUUUGCGUAAUGUCCAAAGGCACCAUGAGGGCAACUACUCUUGUACAGUACGCAAUCCUUUGGGUUCGGAUCAUAUAACAUUCCAACUGUUUGUUCAAGUACCACCAUCAGCACCUGAGCUACUGGUGGUUGCGACUACUAUAUAUUCCAUAUCACUUCAAUGGCGCAUUAGUGACAGUGGUGGGGCGCCACUUAAGGGAUUUAUUCUUCAAUAUCGCCAAGAAUUCGCAGACUGGCAAGAACUUCAGAUCGACCGACGUUUUAAUGCAUAUCUCUUUGAAAAUUUUCAGUGUGGUACACGGUAUCAGUUUACAAUAUCAGCAUUCAACAAAAUUGGUACAGGACCAUUCAGUAACGUAGAAACAGCGAAAACUAAGGGUGAUAAGCCCGUAUCGCCUCGAAAGAAUCAUUUGAUUAGAUCAAAUAUUACCUCCGUUUUAUUAGAACUCGCUUCUUGGCAAGACGGGGGAUGUCCUAUAUUAUUUUUUUCAAUAGAAUUUAGGAGACCGGGUCUCAAUACUGACUGGAUUGUGGUGUCAAGCAACGUUGCAGCCCAGGCCAGAUAUACAAUAGGCGAUUUGGAACCCGCGUCAGCCUAUAAUCUGCGAAUAACAGCUCAUAAUAAUGCUGGAACAACGAUAGCAGAAUAUUAUUUUGAAACUUUAACAGUGACGGGAUUUGUUAUGAACGCAGGAGUGGAUGGAGGUGAUAACUUUAUGAGGAAUAGCAAAUCGUUUUUAGCUGAUCCUCAUCUUUUCGCCAUCUUCAUUGUUAUAUCUUUUGUCAUCGUAUUUUCCACUAUUGGGAUAUGUUUUUGUUUGAAGAAUUACCCCCGAUUAAUAUUUGGGCGUAAUGAUCUGACUCGUACCAACGUUUUAGAUUCAAAAAAUCCUCAGCUAUCCGAUUCCCAUCAUUCACAGCAACAAGGACAACCACAUCGCGAGCAAUUUUACGCAACAGUUCGCAAAUUGUCUGCGCAACAAUCACCACGCGAUUCGGAGUCUGGUCUCGAACGAAUCCCCGAGUACUCAGAAGAUAUUUACCCCUACGCAACAUUUCAUCUUCCAGAUCAUGAGAAUCAGUCUAGCAAUUCAGGAAAUCGUGGACCACGAAAAGGUCUGGUUUACGAUUCCAGAGAUAGUACAUUAAGUACUGGUAGUACUGCAGCAACUUUGAAGAUCUUGCGUCCACCAAGUGUCAAUUCUGCUCCUCCGCCUUCAACUAACAUUAGUACAGAAAAACGCAAUCGUCGCAAAUCGAAAACAAUCAAAUCAGAAUCCGAGGAAUAUGACAGCUUAAAUUCAGAUAGCGAUUUAAGUGAAAGGGGAAGUGGUGGUGGUACCGGCGUGGUUGGAACAGCUAGUCGUACUGAAUCAACCGGGCACUUGGACGAUCCCGAGUUAUUAAAUUUUUCAAAUCACGCUCACAGUCCUGCGAGUAACCCUAACAAGGAGCGGCUAUCAGUUUUCGCAAGACCACCUCUUCAUAGUAACGGGGGGGAUUUCAGCGUGGACUUGCCCUUCAACAUCCGAGACUUUGAUCCACCGAGAAAACAACACCAGCAACAACAACAGUCUGCAACGACGUCACCAACAUCAUCAUCAGCACAGUUCCAAUACAACCCAUCACCUAUCUCCUUCAACCACAGCAACCAUGCAAUUGAAGCAUCAACAACAACAAAAUUUUCUGCUUCAAACCCACCAGCUCCAAUCGCAUCCACAACAACACAAACACAAUCUUCCCAAAUUUUGAAGAAUUCCUAUCAGAACUUAUCAAGAUUUCCCACUCCCAAGAAGCUAACACCUAACACUGCUGCGGUUCCUACCAAAGUACACGAUUUCGUUAUCAAUGGACCCCCCCUGAAAAUUUAUGAAAUGCAGCAAACUAGUUUAGUCCUGAAUAAGAACUAUGGUGAUUUCUUAACAAUAACACCUCGUAGGAAGUGUAGAGCUUCUGCAUCAUUGCAUCCCCCAGAAGUUGGGAAAGCCAGUGCUACCAAUAGUACUUUCUUUGCGGGGGAUCGACAGCAAAAGCGAAAAUACCCCGACACUUGCCUAGAGAAGGCAGAUAGUACCAGUACAAGUUACAGCGCUACUGAAGCUGGAUCAUUGCAGCUCGCAAAUUUGAAAAUGCCCUAUGAAACUUCAGAUUUGAAACCCUCCGACUACCGCGCAAUAGACAGUUUAUACAAUGCUGAUACUCUUAAGUUGGGGAGUGAGUGCAACCAUCGUACUAAAUUUUCAUCAUAUUCAAGUAUUUGUAAUCUCAAAGAUAUCUCAACAUCCCUUAAUGAGAAACCAUAUAAACUCCAAAUAGAUGAUAUAAUGGGCUAUGCAAAUAUUAUAAAUGUUACAUCGCCGCCGUCCGCAUUCAGCGAUACACCUGAAACCGACGUCGAAUUGAUAAAUCCCGCUGGAUCAAACGUAAAUAACGGCCUAUCAACAUCGAUAACAAUCACUAAACCUACUAAUGGAAAACACUGUCCCACCCCAAGAGAUUAUACUAUUGCUGUUUAGGUGAAGUUAUGAGAUUAUCUGUUGAAUUUUAUAUCGCCUUUGAUUGCCAAUGCUGGCCGAAAGGAGUCCUUUGCUCUUUCCUAAAUAUGAUUUGGAUGAGGGUAUAUGUGAUCACUGGCGAUCGGAUUUACAAGAAAAAAACAUCGAAUUUUUAGGCUCAAGUACGAAUUGAGUGUAUUCGAUUUUCCACUCAUAAUAUAAAAUCUACCACUUGCGUGAAAGGAACAACGAAAGAUAGCAUAAAGUGAUGUGAAGAAAAAAAAUAUUAAUUGAAGAAGAACAAGAAAAAUAGAAAAUUAAUUAGCUUGUUUUUACAGUAAGGAUGCCCUAACGAAACAUGUUGCUGUAAAAGAAAACAAAGUUAUACAAUUGAAACAUUUGAAAAUGUUUUUUUAGACACAUUUUAUGUUAAAGCUAUGAAACCUGCUCCGAAGACAGUCAAUCCAUUUGUAUGGCUGAACUUAGACGAACAGUAUUUCACCAUUCUGCCAUGCGUCAAUCCAUCAAAAAUGCAUUGAUGAAAUGACUGAUGGACGACGUGUUUAGUAUAAACAAGACGACAAAAAAACACUCCUGCUGCAUGUUUUUAAAAACCUGAACCCUUCGGAAGUCAUGUUUCGAUUAACAACACUAUGACAGCUGCAAUACUCUCAACUUAUCAUCAGUCCAUCGGUGAUUGCCAUAAAAAUACCGUCGACCAUAGUUUGGCAUAAUUCUGUCAUUCAGUUUGCCAUAAUUUCGUCAUUCUGACAGACGCCAGACUGAUGAAAUACUAAUCGUCUAAGGUUAGCCUAUGCACAACUCAACCAGGAAUUUAUUCAAGUCGAAAGAUAACUAAUCUAUGACUAUCGCUGACGGCUUCUCUGGCCAAUAAAAGAUAUCAGUCACUUUCCCACUUUCUUUUUACUUUCUAUACUACUGGAAUGAGCGCUUUAUCGUUUUUUAAGUGACAAGGUCUUUUUUUGUAAAUAACUGAAAAUUUAAUUUUUUAAAGUAUUUAUAGAGUACCUGUGGAAUCGUAUUAAUAUUUAAUACUUCAAAUUUACUAAAAAUGCAUUUAUAAAAAAUUAGAAAAAAGAUCUUUCGGAUCAGCCUUUUUGUUUUACAUGUUAUCACUAUUUGUAUGUUAUUUCUGACUUUGAAGUUAAAAAAAACACAAAUAUCGAGGACCGUUGAUUCCAAUCUAGUGAAAUAAGAAAAAUUCAAAAAUUAUGAACUAAAAAUAAACGUAAUUUUUAUUUUCACGAAAUUUUAUUCUGGGAAAAAAACUGAAAGCAAAAAUAAGAUGUAUUGAACUGUUAAGACAAUAGUGGGAAUAGAGAACGGCCGAAUUUCAAUCCGUAUCUUUACGGGCAGGGCAAACCAAGUUUAAAUGUCACUGCAUGUAUAUACAUAGAUACAUAUUUGCCAUUCAUAUCUUCUAAUAAGUUUCUAGUGUUCAUAAACAUAAUUAGCAGAUAACAGCAUAAAAGUUAGAAUUUUUGAGAUAUGAAAAUUUAACAGAAAUACUGACUGAUUUAUUCAUUAUUUUUUUAUAAAUUUAGUAUACUGUAUGUUUAUAAGAUUUAUAUGUGAACAAUUUGCAUCGGAAAUAACACAAAAACAGCGAAAUACAUUCAUAUAUGCAAAUGAAGAUCACAGAUAAGAUAAACAAGUUACUGAAAUCAAUCAUUGGAAGUAAAUAUGGAAAACCAGAGUUCAUAUAGUAUCAAGAACCACAAGUUAAAUUGUAUAUACCGGCAUAAUUUUACCAAAAAAAAACAAGACACAUAUUCUAGGUAUCCAUUUAUUAUAAACAUGACAUAUCCUAAAGAAAAUACCCCCAAUCACAACUUCCAAUAGCACGUAUUGAAAAAUGCAUCAAUUUCAUGUAGGUCAAUUAUGGAAAUAAAUAAAAAUGGAUGAAACAGGUUUA